UUUUGAGAAAUAAUACAUUGCUUGGAAACAAAGGUGAAAUUUUGUUCAUGCAAUAUGUUGGUGACAAGACACGACUUCUAUUUCACGACAACUACAUAGAAGGGAACAAUGCACAUUUUGGAAAUGGUGCCUUUAUACUUUAUGGAACGUUGUACAACGUAGGAUCAUUUAACUUUGACUUAGAGAGAAAUGUUAUUGUGAACAACACAGCUCAAAGCCUUCUAAAAUUUGCUCCGUAUAAUUGGCACAAUCCCUCCCGAAGUAUGAGACUCCGACUGGAGUACAAUGUGUUUGAAAAUAACAAUUUUGCAACUUCCAUCGAUCUAAGUCAAAAUAUUUAUG